AUGGCCAACAGAAAACUCCUGAAAAGUGAGAGGCUUCGGCUUCGACGCGAAAGUAGGGAAGAAGUAAUUAAAUUCGAUCCGUCAAAGGAUCCAAAGGACAUAGUUAAGACAAUACUUAAACUUUUAAUCAGUCAGAACAAUGUCCCUACCUCAAAGAAACUUGCGAAUUUGAAUUUUUUCGUCAAGGUCCUUCGAAAACUGGACUGUACGAAGGAGGUUCUCGGUUUAUCUGAGUGUGAGAUUUUAGUAUGUUUGCGUAUUGGUUUAUUUCAUGAAGCCAAAGAAGUACGGGCCGGUACCCUAAGAGUCGUAAGACAUUUGUUGGAAAAUCAGAAAUAUGUUGAUGCAUUGUUUUAUUUUAAUUUGGACAUGAUCAUUGCAAGAUCUCUGGACAUAUGUCUUGAAAAUGAGAUUGAAAGGGUACAAGCAGUGAAACUUAUUCGAAAAAUUGGACAAGUGGCUUCCGAAAGAUUGCCCGCAACAUUAUUGUAUCCUGUCAUAGCAAUUGGAAGUGAUGGUGGCAGUGAAUGGGACCGAUUGUUACGCGUUUGUUUAGCAACUUUGUGUGAGAUGGUGUUUCAGAACAUUGAUGCAGUUUACAAAUGUGGUGGUAUAAGCACAAUAUUACGCAGUAUUUUAGAUUGUCAUUUAUACCCUCGCCUCAACGAAUCCCUAACAUGCACAAUCAUUUAUCUUUUGAAUCACCCAAGGACACGUCGUUAUGUGAAAGCCAAUACUGACUUAGAACAAUUACUAGCCCCAUUUACUGACAGUCAUUUCAGAUAUAGUGGUGAAACAAGUGACAAAGUCAAUGCAGAUGAAAAAGAAAAGCGUUUCAUUGCCAGUAAAAUGGCAAUAAUUUCUGUGAUUAGGUCAUGGCCUGGUUUAAUUCGGCUAUGCCACCCCGAGGGCACUGCAUUACAAUCAUUAGUUGGUAUUCUGUAUCUAGACUUCACUGAUAUUAGGAAAAGUUCUAUAGAAAUGUUGUUUGACUUAUUUCGUUUGAAGGUACCUGAAUGGUCAAGUGACUUUUCCGAAGCAUUAGCUAGUGUAGAUAUUAGUGCUGAAAACGAAUCUUGGAAACUUGGCGAAGGGUUUGUUGCAGAAGAAGGGCGUUCCAUACUACCCCAUGUAGCUCUGUCACGACCAAACUUAGUGGAAAAUCACAUUGCUCUUAUAUUGUGUUCUUGGAUAAAUGCAGGAAUAUUGGAAGCAUUAGUGGAAGUUAUUGUCACAUCAGAGGGUGCUUUAUUUUGUAGAUCAGUGAUAUUAUUGGGAGAACUUUUGCAUUUAGCUAACAAUCUCUUACCACCCAACUGUAGUAGUCAUAGUCAUUGUUUACCAACAUUAAUAGCAAUGGCAUCUUCAUUUGAUAUUCCUUUGAGUAAAAGACAUCAAGCUAGUCUAGCAAUUUCACAUUUAGAUGAAUUGCACAUAAUGAAAAAACGUGGACCUCUACCCCGUAGUUUGUUCUUAGACUUACUAUUGCAACAUGCUGGAAAAUUCUUGGAAUAUGCUGGCAGGCAUUGGCAUUUGAGAAGGGACAAAUUAUGUGACUUUUAUUUCAAGAAAAUUCAGACAGAAGAUUCGACCAAUCAAGCCAUAAAGGACACUCAUGUAUUAGUGGCAACUUCUUAUACCUCGUGGGAUCUGAUUCUCAUAAGUGCUCUUUUGAAAAUGCCUGAUGAAAAACUUCUGCGUUUGGAUGAUCAUACAUAUGUUCGAUUUGCUCGUCAUUUGUUGGCCUUCUUUAAGCCAUGUAAUGGUUUGUUUGCCAAAGUUGAUAUUUCCUCAGAAUAUGGUCAUAAACUGUGUGAAAUUGGAUGCCAUUUUAUAGACUUCUUGCUCAAAUCAAAUCAGUCAGAAGCUAAAAGGCUUAUUGGAGAGUGGCUUUCGGACUUGUCAUCAUGUAUUUCAGAAGUGAUUGGUACAUAUGCUGAAGCUCAAGCCUCCUUGAGUGUGCAAAGUCUGCACAAUAAACUUAGUCAAUAUUAUUUCCUGUUUAUCGGAAAAUUUACAGCUACACAAAGAGGAGAGCGAUAUCUUGAUACAUCUGGUGUUUAUCAAAAACUUUUAGAAUUAGUUUCCACUACAAAUCAAGAUAUUUAUAUCAAGCUAACAUUAUCUAGUCUAAACUAUGGACGUGAUGGGAUAACUAGAAUCCUUUUGUCAAAGGCAUUAACUGCAUCUAAUGAAUCAGCUAGAUUGUAUGCAACCAAGUUUUUGAGAGUGUUACUUAGAACUGGUGUAAAUGGCUUUGAUGUCUGGGGGCUGCAAUAUUUGGUUACACAAAUGUAUGAUCCUAGUCAAGUUGUGGCAAUGUCAGCCUUGCAUAUUUUAGAUGAAGCCUGUGAUAUUCCUGCAAAUUUAACAGCAUUAAUAAACCUUCGCCCUUCAUUCUUACAUUUGGGCCAGAAAGGCAAUAUGAUGCUUUGCAAAUUUUUAGCAUCACCUUUAGGAUUCAAAACUCUCAUGGAUGCAAAUUUCGUUGUAAAUGAGCUCACCAAAUGGGAAAAAGGUUUCAAUCAUAAAUAUGUUUUAUAUGUAGAAGAACUUUUGAAUGAAGCAUUAACAACAUAUGAGAAGACUUACCAUGGAAGCUUCACCAGAAGAUCCAUCUUGAAAAGACCCAAGAAAGAGGUUUUUCUUCCAACACAUUUGUAUGGACAGCUGGUUCAACAUGAGGAAGGCUUCGAUUUGCUCCAAAAACAAGACUGCAUUCAAGAAUACUUCCAUACAGUACAGGCUCUAGAUCUAAUCACAGAUGAUGAUAUUGUUAAGCUUAAAACUGCUUUGUGGGCUGUAGGGAGUAUUGGCAUGUCACCUUUAGGGAUCAAGUGGUUAGAGGAAGUUAAUAUUGUACCAGAGAUAAUCAAAUUGGCCGAAGAAUCUGGAGUAUUCUCAAUCAGAGGCACAGCUUUUUAUGUUCUUGGUUUGGUAGCUACAACUCAAGAAGGUACUGACAUUCUUGCAAAAUUUGGUUGGGAGUCAUUGUGUCAUUCCAGAGAAGACCCUUGGCCAGUCUUAAUUGAGAAAAGUGUACCCACUAUAGACAAUGAAGCUAUCAGUGCUGCAUUGAAAGUUGAUGAGUUGCUCAUAAAACGUUCUCAAAGUGAUGUCUUCACAGAUGAAACAUUAAAAACAGAUGCCAACAGGAACCAGUUGGAACCAGUACCAAGGAGCAACACAUUACCAUACAAUACCAAACCCCCAUCUUUACUAUCUAAAACAGCUCAAAUCAAGGCUGAAUUUACCCCCUAUAGACUAAGAACAUUUAGUGCUGAAAAGUUAAAAUUUUUUACAUUAGGUAACCCAGAGCUGCAAAGAAGUCUUAGCCAUGAGAUUCCAAAUAUCGGACCUGACAUAACCAUCAGCAUGUCUCCCAAAGACCCUUCUCCAAAUCCAUUGGAAUCAGAAAUGGACAGAAAUAAUCAUUAUUCUGAAGUAUCACCUUCUCCAGAUUCUGGUACUAAAUUUGCCUUGUUUCAAUUGGGCAGUCGAAGUUUGACUAAAGACAAUCGAGGUGGAAGUUUAAGUGAUGGUUCCCAGAAAAGUAAUAGUAGAACAAACAGCUUCAAUACAGAUUCCACCACAAGUGGUGUAGGUUCUUUUGAUUCAGGAAAUGUGUCCAGUACUGGUAUGAUAACCCCAACUACUGCAAAUUCAAACCCUACAACACCUUCCACCAUUACCAACGUUCCACCAACUGUUUUAGAAUUCAAAGAACCCAUUCAUCACUCUUUAGUCCAAAGAAGAUUAGCUAAGCUGAACCGUGUUCCUAGUUUAAAAAGGAGGUCAGCAUCUCCAUCCAUAACAGCCUUUUCCCCUUCUCCAGAACCCCCUCUGUCGCCUUUUACCAGUUAUAAUGAUGCUUUAGGUUAUGCUGCCUUAAGGACUAUUAAAAGAACCCAUACAUACACAUUUGAUGGAGAAUAUGGUCAAAAUACCCGGUCAUUGUACAGCAGUUUUGAUCAAGUUUUUAAGAGAACAUUAAGCACAGAGUCUGAGGGUAGUGCAGAUGGUGUAAGUGAUUUUGCUACCAAAAGAAAUGUUAGUACAGCCUCUCUUCCUGAUUAUGAUUCCCAAUACCAUCACCUGAAUCCUGCUAUCAACAAAUCUUCAAUUACCCUCUCUAAAACUGACCGUUUUGUUGGACUGUCUUUACCUGUUGAUGUCAGUAUGGUAUUUGAGGUAGAAGAAGGUGAAGAUGCAAGGUCAAGGUUAGGCAGCUGUGCAUCUGCUACAGCAAUGACAACAGAUGUCAGUGAAGGUAAUCACCUCAGUCUACAUUUACCAGGAUUGAGAUUACUCCCAGAGUAUGUUCCUCCUUUGAAAAAAGACUUGGAUCUGGAGCAUAAUAUCUGUAAAUGUUUGGUCUGUGUCCGUACUUCUACUACUACAAAUCCAAGAACAAUAUUCAGAGACAUGCCAAUAGAUGAUAAUGAUCAAUGUGAUAUUGCUACUAAAACCAUGAACAUGGGCUGGAAAAUGAGCUCACUAAAAGAAAGUCAAGAAGACUCAUCCAAUACUCCAAAAAGCCUCAGCACAACAGAUUCAGAUUCUGGAAUUUCCAAAACUGGUGACAGUGAUCCAAACAAUAGACUUAUGGUGCGAAAGGAAAUCAUUCGCCUUGUGAUCAACUUGAGUAGCUCUGUGGGCUUAAAGGGCUCUGAACAAGGACUGCUAGUGCUAAAACAGAAAUUUCCAAAAGCUUUUCAGGACUUGUGCUUCUAUUCGGAGGUUGGACAGAUUCUGGCAACUUACUCUUUUAGACUGGCUGCCAGACGUUUUGCCCAAGAACUGUUUGAUGAACUUGAUGUCUCACCUCUAUUGAUUGAGGCAAGAUCUCUUUUAGGAGUCAAUGAUAAUGACAGCUCACACAUGUCUCCUAUACCCCAAGGUAGUGCUAAAGACGAUUUUGUUGAAUUUUCUUAA